ACUCUUUAAUUAAUUCUGAAAUUUAUGAUUUUCUGGUACUGCCACAGUAGAGUCACCCACGACGAUGGCUAUAAUGGUAGCGACUUAAACGUUCUAUUUCCUUCGUUUCUACCAAGCUAACGGCAGCCAUGAGCAUGCUCAGGCUCCAGAAGCGCUUGGCGUCCAGCGUCUUGCGCUGCGGCAAGAAGAAGGUAUGGCUGGACCCCAAUGAAACCAAUGAGAUUGCCAACGCAAACUCUCGCCAGCAGAUCCGCAAACUGGUGAAGGAUGGUUUGAUCAUCAGGAAACCUGUGACCGUUCAUUCCCGCGCACGUUGCCGCAAGAACACCCUGGCACGCCGCAAGGGACGUCACAUGGGUUAUGGUAAGAGAAAGGGUACCGCCAAUGCUCGUAUGCCAGAGAAGUUGUCAUGGAUGCGGCGCAUGAGAAUCCUUCGCCGCCUUCUUCGUCGCUACAGGGAAUCCAAGAAAAUUGACAGGCACAUGUAUCACAGUCUCUACCUGAAGGCCAAAGGUAAUGUCUUCAAAAACAAGCGCAUCCUGAUGGAGCACAUCCAUAAACUGAAGGCAGACAAGGCUCGCAAGAAGCUUCUCGCUGACCAGGCUGAGGCUCGUCGCUCAAAGACGAAGGAGGCCCGCAAACGCAGAGAAGAGCGUCUCCUGGCCAAGAAGGAAGAAAUCAUCAAGAACUUGUCAAAGGAGGAAGAAACUGCGAAGAAAUAAACUUCCAAAAUAUGUUAAAUCUUGUCAGAAUCAAAGUUUUGUUGGUAAUAAAUUUGGAUAGACUAAACUCA